CACACUGAGCACCUGCUGCCGGCGCUGCGUUUUUGUUUUUCUCUGCUCCCCUGCCCUCUGCCGCGACCAUGCUCCGCCAGAUCCUCAGCCAGGCCAAGAAGCAUCCCAGCUUGAUCCCCCUCUUCGUGUUUAUCGGAGCCGGGGGGACUGGAGCGGCGCUGUAUGUCACACGCCUGCCGCUGUUCAACCCAGACGUCUGUUGGGACAGAAAGAAUAACCCAGAACCCUGGAACAAAGUGGCUCCCAAUGAGCAAUACAAGUUCUACUCAGUGAAUGUAGAUUACAGCAAACUGAAGAAAGAAGGUCCAGACUUCUAAAUGAAAUAUUUCACUAUAAAGCUGCUUAAAAUGAAGGUCUUCCAGAAGCCAUCCGCACAAUUUUCCGCUUAACCAGGAAAUAUUUCCCCUUCAAGUGC